AUGUCCGACGCAUCCGUCUCCACCGCCAAGACGAACACUCGCAACUUUGACCAGGUUGCCGUCGACGUACCUCAAAGCACGUCGACGACGUCUCCUCCGUCAAGGUGCAAGACCAUCGUCACUGCUACGCCCGGCGACGCAGCCGGAGUGCAAUCAAGCACGCUCGGCGCGUCCAUCUCCAUCAUCAAGACAGGUUUGUCGAGCACACAGAGCUUGUCAGCCAACGUACUCGACGAGACUGACCGGGACAAGUGCUCGACGACGGACAGUACAUCCAACCUGAAGGAUGUACUGACUUCGUCAGCAGCCUCCUCGCUCCACGUACACCACAAGGCUCGCACCCACGACAACGACGACGCGAUCGACGCGCUCAGAAGCUUGUCGACCAGCUCGUCGACAUCAAUGCCCGCAUGCGAGUCGACAACGUGCACGUUCGGCACCGUCAAUCAGGACGAGCAUGAAGACGCGAAGAAGUGCAGUACAUCCGGAUCAAUGGAUGUACUGGCUUCGUCACGCUCGAAAGCUCUGUCGAUGGUACUGCAGUCGGACAUUCCACCUGGUGCACGGACCAGCAAGGACUUGGUGUCCACUGCAGGCCGUGCCGAUGGUGAAGACACACGUCCACGCAGGCCCGACCCCGACGCGUCCGCAUUGAGUCGCUAUGCGUCGGGUACCCGCCGCACGUACGAGGACCCGACCUUGUGCGUGCGCGGUACGCCAACCUCCAUAUCGGAGACCAGGCCCUGCGAUGCGACCGGUGUGCAAUCAAGCACGACCAGCGCGUCUGCUUCCACCACCAAAGCCGGACACUGGUCGGGGGUAACCAGUUCGCUGCUGGCACCUCCUUCGCAGCCGGCUCUCCCUAUCCCGCAGCCGAAGUGCUACACGACGAGCCCGUUGCUCGUCGUGGGUACCUCACGCAGCAAUAGCGACCUGUCGGACGCACUCAAGAGCAUAUCCGACACGUCCAUCGCCAACGUCAUGCCCAGCGACGCGAUCGGCAUACGAUCCAACACGACCUCCAGCUCGGAGACCAUGCCCCGCGACGCGUCCAACUGGAUCGUCAAGACAUACUCGUCUUGUACGGCGAGCCCCUCGCUCACUGUACACGGCGAGCCCAACGCUUGCAAUGAUACCGCCAUCGACGUGCUCAGACGUACGUCGAUCGGCUCAUCCGCAUCGACGUCUGCCACCGCAUCGACAACGAAAGAGGCAAGCUCGUCGACGCCUAUCCUCAAUACAUCGCCGUCGCAUACGUCGAGCUCGUUGCUCAACGUGUCCGGCGCGAUGAGCACUCGCGAUCAGGCCGUAGUCGACGUGCUCAGAAGCUCGCCAACCACACCCAAUCCGACAAGGCGCAAGACCAGCCCGGUCAAGGCACCGUCAAGCGAUGCAGUCAGCGUGCGAUUGAGCACGACCGACUCGUCCACCAUCAAGACGUCGUCGCCGAGUAAAGCGAGCCCUUUGCUCGCUGCAUACGGCGAGACCAACACCGGUGGCAACGCCGCGAUCAACGUGCUCAAAAGCUCGUCGACCAGCUCAUCGACAUCGCAGGCUGCACCAGCGUCGACCGCCUCUACGUCAACGGGAUGCAAGGUUCCGGAUUCGACACUGACCGUGUCGUCCAGCCUCAAGCACUCGGUCAUGAUGGACGAGAGCCUGGCGAAGGGCAGUACAUCCCACUUGAAGGAUGUACUGACUUCGUCAGCAUCGUCAUCAAUGAGUACUGUGAAUCACGCGCAAGAUGUGCGGUCUCACUUGAGCUCAUACGAGCGGUACAGGCCCCCCGCACUACGUGAUCAAGCUCCGAUCCGUGCGCACAAAGAGUCGACCUCGGACGUGCGCGGUACAUCCCCCGUCAAGAUGCCGUCGUCGAGCACAGCGAGCUCGUCGACACCACUGCACACGUUAGCCUCGACAACACGCGAGGCUCGCGACAAGACCGCCCCGCGCGAGCACGACGGCGUGAAGGAACGCAGUACACCCAUUCUGUCGGAUGUACUGUCGUCCUCACGUCCGUCAGCUUCGUCGAAGACUAGGAAGCUGGGCAGAGCGUCAGACACCCAAACCAGCAAGUCGGUCAGCUUCUCGACGAACGAGAAGGCUGACAAGGUCAAUCCGGACGAGGACGAAGACGAGAAGGGCAGUACACCUGAGCCAGGUGUACUGACUUCUUCACGAUCCACGGCUCGUCCGACAUCGAGUACGAGUCGACGCGAUGGCGGAGACCUGCGCGGACGCAAGUCCAACCUCGACGCAUCUGUGUCGAGUCCCUACACGUCAGGUACCCGCCGCACGUACGAGGAACCGACCUCGCACGCGCGCACGACCUCGACCACCAAGACCGCCAAGCGGGUCGUCGAGCAAUCAACGAGGCACAGUAGGCCCGAGUCGCCGGACGUACUGACCUCAUCGUACUCGAUGGCCGAGCUGGAAUCAAGACGCCUGGCGCUCAUCGCCCGAUACUCGUCAGCUAGCAAGCGGGCGAGUACGAGUACAAGUACAGCACAGACUGAGUCACCACGUCCGUCAGACAUGGUGGCCACGUCUUCCCGUACGCACACGGACCAGACAUCGCGUCCGAGGAGGAACAAUAUGUCCACGACGGGCAUACCGACCUCGUCGCACUCGACAGCAAGGCCGGCGACGUCGACAGAACGCUCACGUCCGCUGACGGAACAUGAACAACCUUCCGCGCGACCAGGCUAUCGCCGUAUCCACGAGGAUUCAACCUCGCGUGUACGCGACAAGACUGUCGCCUUCACCGAUUACUGGGGAGGUUCAGUCCAAAGGGGGGAAGGGAGCGGCACGGCAAAUCGUGACCGCUUGACUCGGACGAAUACCAGUACAUCGAGUCGCGAUGUACUGGGGUCGGAACGAGUAGACGAGACACAUGUGGUCUGGACAUCGAGCGCGAGGCUUGAUGUACAGACCCAUGUACCUGCGACGACAUUCUCGAAGCCGAGCAUGUCGCGUGGUAUCUUCGACAUGAUUGGUACCAUUCCAACAGCGGGCGCGCGCUCCGAGUAUAUUGAUGAUACUCGGUGGCCGACUGCUGAGCACCUGCGAGCCGAGUGUUUCAGUUUCGUGACCGACCGGUUCGAACUCAAGCUGGCUCAGGCUGCGAAGGCCGAGCAAGCUGGGGACUGGAAGGCAUGGGCUGAACUCAAGGUCAGCGGCCUCGACUGGGGAGAUGUCCUCAAUGACAUGUCUCCGCGACCGGAGUCGUACACCCGAGCGGCUCAGAGAGCCCGCGAUCACUUCCAACGGGCUGUGGAAGUGCGGCCGAUAGACUACGAACUAUCGUGGUCCGAGCCUCGGUUGCUACGACCACUCCGUGAAUGGGUCUAUGCUCAGCUCUGGGAUCAAUCAGUGCCCUUCGUAGCUACUUACCAACCAGCAGUCGAUGUUACUGCUGGUAGGUCAGUAUUCUAUGGCAUGGGUGGUGGAUUUGUCCCGACUUCGACUUGGAGUCAAUCAGAUGGUGAUGAGUCUUACGAUUCCACCCCUGACAUACCAUCUGACCACGAUGAUGUUGAGUCCGAGCACUCUCAGGCUUCGGAACAUGAUGGUGGUCCAGGUGAUGACAAGGUCGACUCAGUAGUAGUCUCUGAUGACUAUUAUGAGUCAGACUCGUAUGACCAUAGCUCACCUAUGGCCUCGUCUGCAUCUGGUGCUUCUGCAUAUUCUGCCGAAGACUAUGAUGACUAUGAUGACGAGGAUGGUGACUAUGAUGAUGAUGAUGGUGGUGACUACUACUCAGAGUAG